CUCACCUUGUCGCGUUGUCGAAAGUAUCUCGACCGAUGUCGAUACGAAAAAUAGCGAACACAAGAAAAUUGCUAAGUUCACCCUCUAACCUUUUUUUUGCUGAAUAACUGUUUGAACGGAAGUAAAACGGGCGGGCGUAUCUCGAAAAGAAGACGGGUCAUCGGUGGUCAAAGUGCGUUCCGGUCGCGGUCUCUAUUUUUUUUUGUUCUGUGUUGACAGUUGAACAUAGCAAAGGAAGAAAGCCCAAGGAUCAGCAUGACGUGCGUGUAAAUGGUUCGAUUCAGUGUACGGACCGGCAGUAGUUGUGGUGCGAUGGUAUCGAACUGCUGCACAACAACCAGCACUGACAGUAUGUUAUCUAAUGCCGAGGGAACACGGAGGCCACCUUUAUGUUUCUGAGUUGCAAACGACUGGCGCACGUGAUGUGGGCGGCAUGGAGCUGGGGGCGGCGUCCUCCCGGCUCGAAGGCGAGCCCACUUCUUCUGGUCCUCAGGUGUCUCGCACAGGUCCUGUCCACUGGAUUCCACCGGUUUCUCGCACGAUUCUCAGGGAGAAGACGAUCGCGGAGGACGUCGCCACACAAUUCCCCGCCCCCUUGGUCGGCUACAUUAGUUUUAGUUCUAGCUUCUAUGUCGUUAUUUAGUAUAGUCGAUGCAUGUUCUUCGCGAACAACUCCAAAGCCCAGGCCGCCGGCGCCGACGCCACGGCCCAACAUCACAUUCCCAACCUUUCCGUGUCCGCCCGCUUACGCCGCUUGGUACUGCCUCAACGGGGCCACGUGUUUCACCGUUAAAAUUGCAGAAUCGCUUCUGUACAAUUGCGAGUGUGCGAAUGGCUACAUGGGUCCCAGAUGCGAAUUCAAAGAUCUAGAUAAAUCUUACUUACCAACGCAACAAAAGGUGAUGCUAGAAACAGCUAGUAUAGCAGGAGGAGCAACGAUAGCGAUAUUGUUGGUGUUCUUCGUGUGCUUCUUCGUUUACGUUCAUUACAAACGUAAAACGAAGCAGGCUCGAGCGUCGACGGACUGCGUUGACAGUCCUUCAAUUACUCAAAAUGGAAGACCGAUUUUCGGCACCCGAUGGAGGAAUCCCCCGCAUCCCGAUUUGCCGAUAAUGCACGAUAGGGGCGAUUCGAAUAAAAACAAGAUCGAACUUCACCACGUCACUACGCUAACGCCAUCGGGAAUAAACAAUAGGGAGGUUUAGUGUUUAGAAAUAUUAUAAUUAGUGCGUUUUACCCGGACUGUUUAAGAAAUUCAAGGAAAAAAAAUGUUUUGAGGUUUUUCGAAACACAAUCGCCAAGAAGGACUUUAAUAAUCAUCAUUGUAUAAAAUUAUUAUUUAUACGAAAGAAGCGAACGGAGCACUCGUUAUACGCAUUUCUUUGCUAUUCACUUAUUUUAUUAUUGUGUAGCUUACCAAUGAUUUUUUUUACGGAGGAGAAAUUGUUGGCAUCGGUUUGUAUAAAAUGUUAAUAACGAUAACAAUAGCAAUUUUAUAUAUAUACAAAUAUAUAUUUAUAAAAUAUAUUUCGGGUAUGUAAUUUGUGAGUACCGGGUCGGUUCGGUACGUUACGUUUUUUUAAAUGAAAGAAUUGUACUUGUGCAAUUAUAAUUGCAUCGUGGCCUAUAACAAUGUAAAUGACGUCAGUCUUGCGAAAAGCAUGAACUUUAGCCAAUUGUGGUAGGAGAGCGUACACGAAUUUUUAUACAAAUCCGAAAUUUGUACAUUAUUAUUAUUUAUUAUAAUUAUUUUUUCGUACCUCAACGAGAGGUACGAUUUACCUUUCCGAUCUUUUUUUCCAAUCUUAUUUGUACACAAAUAAAAAAAGCAAUGAUCGAUAAUGUAAUUGCUACAGUUUUUACUA